CGUAUGCGACCAUCUCAAGUCAACCACUGUCAAAGAACCAGGAAGAAGGAAGGUGUGAUAGCCACCCCCACCCCAAAAAAAGACACCAUCUCAAAUCAAUCGGAGAACUUUCCCUAGGAAAUCAUGGGGCUGUCUAGGUGCAAGAUUGCAGUGGUUGUCUUGACGACUGUGUUAAGUUCAUUAUUGCCAGCUCGAGCAGAUGAACACGAACACAAGUACACAGAUAAAGAAGAGGUGGUUCUAUGGAUGAAUACAGUGGGCCCUUAUCACAACAGACAGGAGACCUAUAAAUUCUUCUCUCUACCAUUCUGCGUGGGUACCAAGAAAACUAUUAGCCAUUAUCAUGAGACAUUAGGAGAGGCUCUGCAGGGAGUUGAAUUGGAGUUCAGCGGUCUGGACAUCAAGUUCAAAGAUGAGGUGUUGCAAUCAACAUACUGUGAAAUUGAGCUGGACAAAGCUAAACGAGAUGCCUUUGUCUAUGCCAUCAAAAACCACUACUGGUACCAAAUGUACAUAGAUGACCUUCCCAUCUGGGGAAUUGUUGGUGAAGCUGACGAGAAUGGGGACGACUUUUAUCUCUGGACUUACAAAAAACUGGAGAUCGGAUAUAAUGGGGAUAGAAUUGUGGAUGUUAACCUUACCAGCGAGGGGAAAGUCAAGCUUGUGCCAAACACGAGAAUUCCUGUGUCUUACUCGGUGAAAUGGAAGAAAUCUGAUGUAAAAUUUGAGGAUAGAUUUGACAAAUACCUUGAUCCAUCCUUCUUUCAGCACAGAAUUCACUGGUUCUCAAUUUUCAACUCCUUUAUGAUGGUGAUUUUCCUCGUGGGCCUUGUUUCAAUGAUUCUAAUGAGGACGUUAAGGAAGGACUAUGCCAGAUACAGCAAAGAAGAGGAAAUGGAUGACAUGGAUCGUGAUCUUGGGGACGAAUAUGGAUGGAAGCAGGUUCAUGGUGAUGUGUUCAGGCCGUCCAGCCACCCGCUGAUCUUCUCCUCCCUCAUUGGCUCUGGAUGUCAGAUCUUCUCUGUUUCCCUUAUAGUCAUUAUUCUGGCCAUGAUUGAGGACUUGUAUACAGAGAGAGGGUCCAUGCUUAGUACAGCCAUAUUUGUGUAUGCUGCCACCUCCCCAGUCAAUGGCUACUUUGGUGGGAGUCUGUAUGCAAAACAAGGAGGGAGAAGAUGGAUUAAGCAAAUGUUUAUAGGAGCUUUUCUGAUUCCUGCCAUGGUGUGUGGCACAGCGUUCUUCAUCAAUUUCAUCGCCAUAUACUACCACGCCUCCAGAGCCAUCCCAUUUGGCACCAUGGUUGCAGUCUGCUGCAUUUGUUUUUUUGUAAUUCUACCUCUAAACUUGGUGGGGACAAUCCUGGGCAGGAACCUUUCUGGCCAGCCUAACUUCCCUUGCAGAGUCAAUGCUGUACCCAGGCCCAUCCCAGAGAAAAAAUGGUUUAUGGAACCAGCUAUUAUUGUCUGUCUGGGUGGAAUCCUUCCUUUUGGGUCAAUAUUCAUCGAGAUGUACUUCAUUUUCACAUCUUUCUGGGCCUACAAGAUUUACUAUGUGUAUGGAUUUAUGAUGCUGGUGCUGGUGAUCUUGUGUAUUGUGACGGUCUGUGUUACCAUCGUCUGCACCUACUUUCUUCUCAAUGCAGAAGACUAUAGAUGGCAGUGGACAAGCUUUCUCUCUGCAGCCUCAACAGCAGUUUACGUUUACAUGUACUCCUUCUACUACUAUUUCUUCAAGACAAAGAUGUAUGGCUUAUUUCAGACGUCAUUUUACUUUGGCUACAUGGCUGUGUUCAGUACUGCUUUGGGAAUCAUGUGUGGAGCGGUGGGUUAUGUGGGAACAAGUGCCUUUGUGAGGAAGAUCUACACAAAUGUGAAAAUUGAUUAGAAACUCUGCAACGAGACGGCAGAUCAACUGACUCUUCCUCCCGUUUAAAGCGGGCACAAAGUCUCCAUUUAUUUUGCAAGAAGAGAUUGUGUUAUCUUGUACAAAAUCUAGUUUUCCAUUUUCUGAAUUAAUUAAAAGUUGCAACAUGAUACUUACAAAAAUUUAGAGAGAAAGGUGAAAUAAAAUUACUUUUUAUUUUUAUUUUAUCUGCUUUUCUUUUUCCCUCUGGUGAAAUGUAGACCGUAAAUGCAGAUAAAAAGGGGAAAGUACACCACAAUGUUGCUCCUAUUUGUUAUAACUCUAUCCCACCCCAAAAUCAUUGAACAGAUCUUUAUUGAUGGAAUAGUCUAGCUCUCUUCAGUGAAGAGGCCAAAGUGUAUUGAGAGCCUUUGUUCGUUCUAUUGUAUGAGAAUAUUGGAGAGUGGGGUUUAGGUCCAUCCUCUUGCUUGCCUGUUUUGUAUUACAGAGUCGUACAAUGCCAUUGUUGUAGUAUUGUUUCUCACACUUCUGUAUCACACCAAAAGCAUAAUGUGGUUUGCAAUUGCAAAAUACACUUUUUUUUGUAUUAUUUUUAUUAUUUAAUACACUGGUGGCCAAACGUUUGGAAUAAUGUACAGAUUUUGCUUUUAUGAAAAGAAAUCGGUACUUUUAUUCACCAAAGUGGUAAUCAUCUGAUCACAAUGUAUAGUCAGGACAUAAAUAACGUGAAAAAUUACUAUUAGUUCUAAUCAAAAAAAUCCUCCACGUGCAGCAAUGAUAGCUUUGCUGAUCCUUUGCAUUCUCACUGUCAGUUUGUCCAGAUACUCAGGUGACAUUUCAGGCUUCCUGUAGCACUUGCCAUAGAUGUGGCUGUCUUGUCGGGCACUUCUCACGCAUCUUACAGUCUAGCUGAUCCCACAAACAAAAUAAAUGGGGUUAAGAUCCAAAAUACUCUUUUCUAAUUAUCUGUUGUCCAAUGUUUGUGUUUCUUUGCCCACUCAAACCUUUUCUUUUUGUUUUUCUGUUAGAAAAGUGGUUUUCUUUGCAAUUCCUCCCAUAAGGCCUGCACCCCUGAGACUUCUAUUUACUCUUGUAAACAAAACUGGUGUUGAGCAGGUAGAAUUCAAUGAAGCUGUCAGCUGAGGAAAUGUGAGGCAUCUAUUUCUCAAACUUGUGACUCUGAUGUACUUAUCCUCUUGUUUAAUUGUACGUCUGGGCCUUCCACAUCUCUUUCUGUCCUUGUUAGAUGUUAAGCUUCAUUUAACAAACCAGAUUGCUUUCAACUGUGUUUUGAUAUAAUGGCAAGUGAUUUUCCAGAACCAAAUUAGCAAUUUAGCAUUAUUACUCGAAGAUAAGGUGUUGGGAGUAAUGAAUGCUGGAAAUGGGGCCUGCCUAGAUUUGAUCAAAAAUGACUUUUCAAAUAGUGAUGGUGCUGUUUUUUACAACAGUAAUGUCCUGAUUAUACUUGAAGUUGAAUGCCACUUUCGUAAAUUAAAGUACCAAUUUCCUUCUGAAACAGCUAUAUCUGGUCAUUAUUCCAAACUUUUGGCCACCAGUGUAUAUAAGAGUUCACCAAUAUGAUGAAGCAGUCAGGUUUGAGCUCUACUUUUUAAGGACAUCUGUUUUUCUGUAGUUUAUAUCCACAGACCAGAGCAAAAAGUCUGGCACAUCAAAAACAGUUUUCUGUCCACAAUAGUUUAUGGUUAGAUUGAUCAUCUGAAAUAAUGGUUAGGUGGGAUUGUUUAAUGGGUUGUGUGAUGUGAUAUUCCUUUUUUCAGUCUUUUGUUAUUGUUUAGGUUUGAAUGAAGUCUGCUCGUAAAUAUAAUAUAUGGAGGGGGUGACCAUGUAUAUAACUUUAAUAAUGUAACUGUAGAUCCCAAAUGUAUUUUUGGUUGUACAGAUUUAUUAAAGGGUGUUUUUUUCCCCUCUAUUUUAUGGACAGCCAGUUUAAAAAAAAAAGGUUGGGGGUGGGCGUGGUGGAACAGUUACAUCUUGCCUGACAAUGCAUGAAUUUGUCACCAAAUCAUGAGAUUUGAUUAGGUUUCUAUCACUACCCUUGUUCAUUAUCCUGCAUCUUGUAGAACAGUCUCAAAAAUAAGUGCUUCAUUGACUUUGUGCUGCUCAUAGAGGAUAGUCAUCAGCUUUUCUUUUUAUUUAAAGAGUUGCAAGGCUGUUCGUUGUGUUGAAGAGCCAGCUCUUGUGCUUAUUUUUGUAUCCAUGAUCUGAACUCAAAUUGUGACUGUCAGACACAAUUAAGGCACACAUGCUCUCUUCAGACAUACUGUUCAAAGUUAAGUUUUUGUACACUUUAUUGGAUGUUUUCAUGGCUUCUAAGUGCAGAACACUUAGACCAAACUAUUGUUCUUUUUUUCUUAUGUUCCAUUGUGUAAAUAGGGUAUGUAACAAAAAAAAGUUUGAGAAGUGACAAAGCCUUUUUCUAAACCUCGUUCCUCCCAGUUUAAAAGUUGAUUUCUGGUUCUUCAUUUCAUGUUCCAUGUGAAGUUUUAAAAGACAUUUUAAACAAUAUUAACUUGCUGUAAAAAGGACAAAGAAAUAAACAUUGUUUUUGAGGUUAUGUAGGCAUGGUUUAUGAAGGGAAGUUGUCAUAAUUAAACAUUUCUGCCCAAGGACAGCUGAGUACUCAAUGGGAACUUCGUUUUUGAGACUAAUACACAAUCAGUAUGUAAUUGAUUGCACUUUCAGUCAAUAGAAUAAACAAAUGGUGUGAUGGCAGUUUCAUCAUUCUUCAACACGUUAUGUAUAUUUUAAGGAAAUGGUUUUAGAAAUGAAUACUAUUUGGCUCAAAAUAACUUGUUCAUGAGUGAUGUCUUGUGGGUAAUGAUGAAUCUAAAACUGGAAUAAUUGAGCUCAGUCUUUAUCAACAUUGUACCUCUCAGCAGGGAACUUAACUGCUGGCUUUGCUAAGGGGAAUGUCCCUCAAAUACACUAUACCAUGUACUUGAAUGUGUACUAGAUAGUAGGACUUUUCUACCACUUGGUAGCACAACCUCUUUUGUAACAAAGGCUAAUUUAAAACUAUCAAACAAAUGUAUUUUGUGUAAAAUCACAGAACUCUUGUUGUUAUAGACCACAAUCCUCUUGUAAGAAAAGAAAAUUAAUUUCAGAUAUGGUUACAAUUAUAUUGGUAAUGGAAAAUUUAUACUAAGUCCAGUGCUGAAGACUGCUUUUUCUCGCAUUAAACCAUUUGCUAAUCCUGGCAACAUUAUAUUUCUGAUAGUCUUAAGAUUCACACUAAGUAUGGCACAUACUCUCCACAUGCUUAUUAAAAGGAAAGUUCACCCAAAAAUGUUAAUUCAUCAUUUAAUCACCCUCAUGCCAUCCCAGAUGUGUUUGACUUUCUUCAGCA